UCAAUGUAACACUCAAACCUCUUGCCACGAUCGUAACUGAUUUGAAAACAAAGUGUGCGACAUUAUUUCCAGGCAAAGAAGCGGAACAAUUUAAAGCCGAUAACCGAGAAGGUGCAACCACGAAUUAAUUUGGCUGCAAUGCGGAACAAACUGACGCGGAGAAACCGAGCCGGAGUCGGAGAGAUUCAAAGCAGGGUGGUAACACAAAGUGAUUUAAACCUCCUCCUUUCACCUGUAGCAAGCGGCUCUGACACCGUGUCUGUGUUGAAGGAUUCGGCUCCAAUGAUGGAGGAGAGUGUAGGUCUACAAGUUAUUAGCAACAUUUACAAACCUCAACCCGAAGAAAGUAAUGCAAGCAAACUUGGGGCAUGUGUUAUGCGGGAAACACGACAUGCCAGGUCUGAACCCGUGUGUAAAGCACACCGUUAUCAGGACCGGUUGUAUGGUCUGCUGACCAAACCAGUUAGUCUUCGGGGAGAGAGUUUCCAGUCGUUCCAAAGUAAACGAUCAUCACCCAAACAUUGUCUGAAUCAGAGGUAUGCGAUAACCCCUGCCUGCACAUCAGUGUACGACUCAAGUCCAUACAACUGUCUAGAAGAGAUCAAAAAGUCAAAUCCUACAUUUCCUGCCAGAAGAGUGUUUCGCGGUCUCCAAAAGAAGUCCAGUGAAAACAAAUGUAAUUUGAUAUCUCCAGUAGAAAAAAGGAAACUUCAACACGAGUUGAAUGUUCCUGGCAAGGAUUCCAAGAGGCAGAGGAAAGCUGUGCUUGUGGAGACAACCGCUCGUAGGCCUUCAGAGACCUGUGUCCUCUCAACCGAAGCUGUGCAGGUACACUCAAGGCUAAGUCGCACUCAAAGACUUAAGCGCCUCAGACAGGGCGCUGGACUUUGUGACACGCCUCAACCGACACCAAAAUCAGAGACAGAAGCCAUCUCUUACGGUCCAAAUACAGAAGCCGGUAUUAGCGAUGUUCUUUGGACAGAGAAGUACAGCCCUUUGCAUUCCAGCGAGGUCAUCGGCAACUCUAGCUCAGUGAUUAAAGUGCACAGUUGGUUGAAGAAAUGGAGACUGAGGGUGGAUGGAUACGAUCAGAAAGAAGAAGCUGAGAGGAAACGCCCACACGACGACGAUGGCCUUUGGGACUGUGGGGCCUUCCAGGGCGACGCUGGUUCUGAGGGGAAGACGUUGGAGCAGCUGUCCACCACUCUGCUGAUCACCGGGCCUCCUGGGUCGGGCAAGACGGCCUCCGUAUACGCCUGCGCUCUGGAGCUCGGCUUUAAGGUCUUCGAGGUGAACUGCUCUUCCCAACGGAGUGGCCGUUGUGUCCUUGCCCAGCUGAAGGAGGUCACCCAGUCUCACCUGGUGGAGGCCCCAGGGAAAGAGUCCCUCCGGCCUGCCUACUACAACAACUACAACCUUCACAACAGUCGCGGCAAGCCCGAUGCUUUACCGGGUCCAAUUUCCUCUAAAGCCACUGUCUCCACCUCAAAACUGAGACCGGGGCCCCACCAGGGCCACUCCCGACGCAGAAGGUUCCCGGACCCCGGCGUCGCUCCUCUGACCAACUUCUUCAAGACUACAGCAGAGGACCCGGCUGUGGUUGCUAGCCCGCCUCCCGAGGACCACCAGGAGCCAAGCCGUCUCGCAACAAGAUCAGCGGGAGCGGGGCGGCGGGACCCACGGUCAGCAGCCAUCUCACUGGUUCUCUUCGAGGAGGUUGAUGUCAUAUUUGAUGAUGACCUGGGCUUCCUCUCGGCCAUCAAGACUCUGAUGACCACGACCAAGAGGCCUGUGGUUCUGACCACCAGUGAUCCAUUAUUCAAAGAGAGAUUUGAAAGCGACGUGGAAGAAAUCCUAUUUAUAACACCAUCGGCGGUGAACGUUUGCAGCUACCUUCGUCUGGUGUGUCUGGCGGAGAACGCCAGGACGUGGCAGCAUGAGGUGGCGGGCCUCCUGGCCGAGUGCCAUGGGGACCUCAGGCGCUGUCUGCUCCAACUGCACUUCCUGGUGAAGAGCAGUAUGGGUCGGCGUCCCCUACGGACAGGAUCGCCCAGGCAGUCGGUUCUUGGCGGGUCGGACCGCACUAAAGAUGGUGAAGAGAGGGUAAAGUGCGUUCCCCUGCCAGCUGACGCUGCUGGCUACAGUGCGUCUUGUCUCAACACUUUGACUAAACGGAAUAUAUUGCACCUUCUUAAGUGCCAGUCCUGGGCCGAGCCAGAAAAUGAGCUUCUGACAGUCCUUACUGAAAGCUGGCGUAGGCAUUUUCCCCUGUUGUAUUCAAACCUGGAGCUACUCCUACCUCUACCAGCCAGCACCCAGGGCACAACAAACUGUUGCCAAGAUAAAGACCCCAAAGCUGGGACGAUCACUGAACCACCUGCACCUGCCAUUGCCAGCCAACCUCGAGUCAAACAACAAGGACAACCGGGUGAAAAUAUUGACCUGAAGGCUGCAUCAUCAUCAACAAUGCGGACCUGUUUAAGAAACACCUCCAGGCUGAGUAGAAGGAAGGGCAUUUUGACCCCUACUGACUGUAGCAGAUCGUCUAAUAGCGCUCUCCAACCACCACAAAAGGAAGGGCAGAGGUCUCUGGAGGGAACUCAUUUAGCACCCCAGGGCUCUGUGGAUAAAACUGGUGAUAAAGGAAUCAGAGCGUCGACACACCGAGGGUUGGAAGCCUUAGCCCACUUUGUCGACCUCAUGUCUUACCUAGACUCCACCAUGGAAAACGUGGAAUCGCACGUUUCAGGGCCGUGUGUCCCCAAAGACUUUUUCUGGACAGGAGCGGAGGUGAAGGACGGCCUUGUGGAUGAGAUGAGAGAAGGAGGGGGAGAGAGGACAUGGAGGCAGUUGGAGAGGAUGUCGGAGAUCCAGGCUGCUGUCGAGGGCUUGGGAUUUCAUGUUUACCAGGGGAGGGUGUCCGCAGCGAGCAGUGGCGCCCCGACAUGGAGGCAGGAAGUGGGGGGCGUGGAGGCGGAGGAGCCCGUGGACAGACUGUCCCUUCCUGGGUCCACCCUGAGACAGAGCUCUGGGGGGCACCUUCCCCCCAAGCACAGGUGUGUGAACAGCACGGCCCAGUGGAGGUUUGAGCUGAGCCGGGCGGUCCUCCAGAACCAGGGGUUCAGUCUGUUGGGGAGCCGACGGGCAGUCUGCCUGGACUACAUGUCCACCCUGCGCUCCAUCUGUCACCAUCAGCUACAGAAGCACGGCAGGUUUCAGAAUUACCUGCGCAGCAUUCAUCUGGGUCUCUCCAACACAACGAUGCAACAGCUGGCUGAGGAGUGCAUGGAGUAAAUGAUUGAAGUCUUUUGAGUUUAACAUCUGAUUAAUUUAAUUCUUUAUUGUCUCAUGAAAUGUAUGCAUCAAUGUAUACAGUCGAGGGGAAAAACUGUCCUGUGUAAAUACAUUUAAAGGGAAAACAAGUAUAAAUAAAACCCAUAUUUUUGUAA